AUGUGUGUGCAUCUCUUUGGUGCGGCCUCUUCACCUGGGUGUGCUAAUUUUGGACUGAAGCAGAUUGCUUCAGAUUAUGAAGGGGAAUUUGGUUCUGACAUAGCAAAUUUUGUAAGGCGCGACUUUUAUGUAGAUGAUGGGUUAACAUCAUUGCCUUCAGACAAGGAAGCUAUGAGUCUUAUAAGUAGAUGCACUGAAAUGUUAAAAAAGGGUGGACUGCGAUUACAUAAGUUCCUCUCUAAUUCUAAAAGUCUUCUGCAGCAUGUUGCUCCUGAAGACAGAGCCAAAGGGUUUACAGAUAUUGAUCUUCUGACUGAUAAUCUUCCUUUAGAAAGGGCACUGGGGGUUCAGUGGAGUAUAGAGUCUGAUUGUUUCCAGUUCCGCAUUACAUUGUCAGAUAAACCUUUUACAAGGCGUGGUAUUUUAGCAACUGUAAAUUCUGUUUAUGAUCCUCUAGGAUUUAUCAGUCCUGUUGUGUUAGUGGGAAAACAAAUCCUUCAGAGCCUUUGUUCAGAUCAAGUAGAUUGGGAUAGUCCAAUACCAGACACUUUAAGAUCUAAGUGGGAACGAUGGAGGUCUGAACUUGCGGGUUUAAGAAAUUUAGAAGUUAAAAGGUGCUUUAAGCCUGAAGAUUUUGGUACUGUAGUUGUGACAGAAUUACACCACUUUUCAGAUGCUUGUGUACAUGGCUAUGGCCAGUGUUCCUAUUUAAGACUAGUCAAUGACAAACAACAAGUACACUGUUCUCUUGUUAUAGCAAAGUCUAGGGUUGCUCCUUUAAAGAUUAUUACUAUUCCCAGACUUGAGUUGACUACUGCUGUUGUUUCUGUUAAGGUUAGUAGCUUGUUACAACGAGAACUAGACUUGAACAAUGCUGUAGAUUACUACUGGACAGAUAGUAAGGUUGUUUUGGGUUAUAUAGCAAAUGAUUCUCGUCGUUUUCAUGUAUAUGUAGCUAAUCGUGUGCAGCAAAUCCAUAAUCACUCUGAUGUUUCUAAAUGGAACUAUGUGAAUACGAAAGAGAAUCCGGCAGACAUGGCAUCUCGAGGUGUUUCUGUAUCGUCCCUUGUAAACAGUGCUACUUGGUUCUUCUGGUCCUGA